CCCCAGUUGCCCCUCCCUCUAUCUCACUCCUAUGAUCCUAUCUUUCUCUCUCUCAUUUAUUCCGGUGAGAAGGGUCAGAAUCCGGUUGUUGCUGUCAGACUCCUCCGGUGACUUUUUUCAUUUAUAUAUACCCCACCCUCCUUACUCUUUUAGCCUUACACAAUUCUUAUUAUUUUUUUCUCUUCUACUCCCACACUAACUUCAACGCCGGCGACAAGCGCAAGUUAGUAAUAGCCGUGUAAACACACGGUUACAUGCUUACAUAGGCGCAAGGUAGCAACGCCACCCCUUAUGAAGGAGUAUAUAGCUGCCUAAAGCACCAAAUUUGUACUAGGAAAGCACACUGCGUAGGAUAGCAAGGGUGGUUAAUGAUGAACAUGGCGUCGCCGGAGAUGCUGCACUGCCUAAGUACGUCAGGGAAUGUUGCCGGAAACGGUACCGACAUGACUGUUUUCGAGAGGCAGAGAGUCCGGAUGAAGUGGCAGCAAGAGCAGUUUCAGCAGCAGCAGCAGCAGCAACAGCAGAGCUAUUUUGGUGGAAAUGAGUUUAGUAUGUUUUCCAUGGGUGGUCAGGUUGGACAAGCUCAGCAGUUUCAUGGGUUGAUCAACGGUGACUCAGCGGGCGUCGGGGACUUGUUGGGCCGGGCGGUGAAGGCGGACCCCGGUUUGGAAAAUGUGUGGCCGGAGUUUGGGAAAUUGACGAUGCCCGGAACCGGAUUUAAUGUGGAGAACGCAGGAUUUGAGUCUGCAGGAAUACUGAAUUGCUCGGGGUUUGAGAUGAAUCAUACUACUUCGAGAACCUCCAGUUGCCCACUAGCGGCGGCGGAGGCUAAAGUUCGGGAGUCUGUUUUGCCAGAGAAGAUAGCUUCGGCGGUCGGAAGAGAGAGCUUCAAGAAGAGAAAGGCUGAUAAGGUGCAGAGCCCAAAGGUUGUUGCAGAAGAGGAAACCAAAGAUAAGAGGAUUAAGGGAUGUGCAGAGGAUGGGGAGUCCAAGAUCACUGAGGCAAACAAUAACAAAAACAGCACCACCACCACUACAACCACCGCAACCACCACCACCACCAACAACAACAAUAGAGAAACAUCAGCAGAUACUUCAAAGGUUUCAGAAGUUCAAAAACCCGACUACAUUCAUGUUCGAGCACGGCGAGGCCAGGCCACUGACAGCCACAGCCUGGCCGAAAGAGUGAGAAGGGAGAAAAUCAGCGAGAGAAUGAAAUAUCUGCAAGAUUUAGUUCCGGGAUGCAACAAGAUCACAGGGAAGGCCGGAAUGCUCGAUGAAAUCAUCAAUUAUGUACAAUCUCUUCAACGACAAGUAGAGUUUCUAUCCAUGAAACUAGCAGCUGUGAAUCCCAGACUUGACUUCAACAUCGACAACUUCCUAGCAAAAGAGGUGUUUCCUGCUUGUGCAGCCAAUUUUCCAACCAUCGGAAUGUCAUCAGAAAUGACUAACCCUUCAUAUCUUCACUAUGAUCCAAUACAACAAGUGGCUACAUGUGGGGUGGAAAUGGGAAUAAAUCCCGCAGAAAUCGCGCUCCGCAGAACCAUAAGCGCCCCAGUAUCAAUCCCUGAUACUUUUCUGGACUCCUGCUUCACUCAAAUCCAGCCCUCUUCAACCUGGGAUGCUGAUUUACAAAACCUUUACGGCCCAGAAUUUCAUCAAGGAAGAUUAAUGUCCUUCCCAUCUCAGGCAGCAUUUACAGGUCCCAUUGAUGCUAGCAAUCUAAAGAUGGAGAUGUGAAUCGGAACAUUAAUCAUACGAUUUCUUGGAUGAGUUUAAUCCAUAUGCCAUUUCGCCCUGAUUCUUUUUCGAUUUUUUUCUCCAAGUACAUAAAAUAUAUAAUGUAUGUAUAUUGCAGCGUACUAUAAAUAAUAUCGAUACGUAUUGACCUCAA